UUCCAGGCCCGCCGCGUCCAGCCCGAAAUAUGAGAAAAAAAUUAUUAGAAAUUCCGCGGGCGGUGUAAAGGCGGCGGACGGGCCGGAGGGAGGAUGUUAAAGCCCCGCGAUUGGCCAAAAUGGGAAGGAUUGGAUUCCACUCUCUUCCACGAAGAGUCAAUGGGACUGGCUAAGAUCUAAGUCUAAGGCUUUUUCCAUCUCUUGUAAUCAGUCCCUUUUUGCUUUCUUUUACGACCACAUGAAACUUGAGAAGCCACCUAAAGCUAUAUCAUUUAGUGGAGUUGGGCAGUUCCCAAGUGUCCAACAAGAAGGCCUGGUUUAGGCUGCGAUGGCCACUGUCAUUCCUGGUGAUUUGUCAGAAGUAAGAGAUACCCAGAAAGUCCCUUCAGGGAAACGUAAGCGUGGUGAAACCAAACCAAGAAAAAACUUCCCUUGCCAACUGUGUGACAAGGCCUUUAACAGUGUUGAGAAAUUAAAGGUUCACUCCUACUCUCACACAGGAGAGAGGCCCUACAAGUGCACACAACAAGACUGCACCAAGGCCUUUGUUUCUAAGUACAAAUUACAAAGGCACAUGGCUACUCAUUCUCCUGAGAAAACCCACAAGUGUAAUUAUUGUGAGAAAAUGUUUCACCGGAAAGACCAUCUGAAGAAUCACCUCCAUACACACGACCCUAACAAAGAGACGUUUAAGUGUGAAGAAUGUGGCAAGAACUACAAUACCAAGCUCGGGUUUAAACGUCACUUGGCCUUGCAUGCCGCCACAAGCGGUGACCUCACUUGCAAGGUAUGUUUGCAGACUUUCGAAAGCACAGGAGUGCUUCUGGAGCACCUUAAAUCUCAUGCAGGCAAGUCGUCCAGUGGGGUUAAAGAAAAAAAGCACCAGUGCGAGCAUUGUGAUCGCCGGUUCUACACCCGAAAGGAUGUCCGGAGACACAUGGUGGUGCACACUGGAAGAAAGGACUUCCUCUGUCAGUAUUGUGCACAGAGAUUUGGACGGAAGGAUCACCUGACUCGACAUAUGAAGAAGAGUCACAACCAAGAGCUUCUGAAGGUCAAAACAGAACCAGUAGAUUUCUUGGAUCCAUUUACCUGCAAUGUGUCUGUGCCUAUAAAAGAUGAGCUCCUUCCGGUGAUGUCCUUACCUUCCAGUGAACUGUUAUCAAAGCCAUUCACAAACACUUUGCAGUUAAACCUCUACAACACUCCAUUUCAGUCCAUGCAGAGCUCGGGAUCUGCCCACCAAAUGAUCACAACUUUACCUUUGGGCAUGACAUGCCCAAUUGACAUGGAUACUGUUCAUCCCUCUCACCAUCUGUCUUUCAAAUAUCCAUUCAGUUCUACCUCAUAUGCAAUUUCUAUUCCUGAAAAAGAACAGCCAUUGAAGGGGGAAAUUGAGAGCUACCUGAUGGAGUUACAAGGUGGCGUGCCCUCUUCAUCCCAGGAUUCUCAAGCAUCGUCAUCAUCUAAGUUGGGGCUGGAUCCUCAGAUCGGGUCCCUAGAUGAUGGUGCAGGGGAUCUCUCCCUAUCAAAAAGCUCUAUCUCUAUCAGUGACCCCCUAAACACACCAGCAUUGGAUUUUUCUCAGUUGUUUAAUUUCAUACCAUUAAAUGGUCCUCCCUAUAACCCCUUAUCGGUGGGGAGCCUUGGAAUGAGUUAUUCCCAAGAAGAAGCACACUCUUCUGUCUCCCAGCUUCCCCCUCAAACACAGGAUCUCCAGGAUCCUGCCAGCACUGUAGGUCUUGGUUCUCUGCAUUCCCUGUCAGCAGCUUUCACCAGCAGUUUAAGCACGAGCACCACGCUCCCACGUUUCCACCAAGCUUUUCAGUAGGAUUCUGGGACGGGGAUAAUUACAGAAAUGUAUGUGUAGCCCUGCCUUAGAUCACCAUUUUUAUAUUAGUGCCUACUUUAAGACAGUAUAAAACUCUGCUUUUGUAUCAUACUGAUUUUCAUUAAGCCAGUAUAAAAUAGAAACUAGCUUUUUAAAUGAGCUUUGGAACCAUUUGUGUUCAGUUAUGUUUACCUGGGUAUUUUGUCCUGAUUAACUGCCAAUUGUCAUACUUUUAGAGUUUGGGAAUUUUUUUUUUUCAUGUAGGAAGGCCAUUAUUAGCAAAGUUUUACAAAUCCCAUGUUCAAAUUAUUUGUAGGGCUUACAUUUUUUCAUUUUUGUUCAGUAACAAUGGCUCUGCCUUUUGACAUUUGGCUCAUUAAAGAAAUGUUGCUAUAGAGUAAGUUUUAUAAAACAUGUGAGUAACUCAAGAGUUUUAAAUUUUUACUAGCUUCUAAGUGGAUUCAUAAUCAAGUGUUUCAAAUGAAUUUAGGAUCCUGUUUGGGGAGAUAACAAAUGUUUCUUAGAUAUUCCCUAAUUUAAAGUCAGUAUAUUUUGAAGACUUGCUAUUGUCUAACUAAAAUAUUUGCUGUCUUUAUUAUGAGCAUGUAGAGGGAAAAAAAAUAAAAUCCCUAAACUCAAAACACCAAUAUUUUUAGCAAAGGAGAUUCCUAGAAAGAUGACAUGGCAUUUGCAUUAUUUAAUAGUUGGCCCUAAGUUAGAACACAGGGUAUUUAGCCACAUUUCAGCCUUCUUAAUUAGCUUGCUAUCUUUCCAUUUAAUAAUAUUAAUGUGUUUGGCAUUGGAGUCUUCAGAGUCAGUAUGUGGAUAAAACGCUUUAAUCUUUUCCACCUCUCACAGCCAAAGGGUAAAUCAAGUACACCAGCAAUUUUAUUUUUUUAUUGUCAGUCCACGGUCAGUCCAGAAUCUAGAACCAUUGUGCAGCUACAUACAUUAAGUGUGUCUAUCCCAUAAAGGCCUAUCUCUCAGCCCCUGUGGCGUGGUCAACUUGUAAGCAAGAAGACGAAUGUAAAAGACAUUGUUAAACUUGGGAACUGCUCUAAAAAUCCGGGAACUGCUCUAAAAAUCCUGUUCUCUGUUGCCAGGGUUGAAAACUGGACUGUCAAGGACUAAAGGGAAAGCAUAUCACUUAUAUCGCUUCUUGAUGAAUCUGAUCCAUUUUUCUUUCCCUUAAGUAUCAAACGUAGAAAACAAAACAGCCCUAUUCCCAUGCUCUCUUUCUUAUCUGGUGUGACUCCAUCUUGCCAUGCUGUAUUUGGGUGGAGAAUUUAAAGGUGAAAGCAUUGGAAAAGUAUUUGAGGAAUUACCACAAACUUGUAAGCAACUAAAAAUAUAUACAGUAAGCCCCCACUUUUACACAUCUCUGAGAAAUGGGAGGAAUGUUGCAAAUAAGAUGCAUUUGUAGAAGGGAACAAAGUAAAGUAAAACAAGCUUUAUCUUAGUUCAUGUAAAUGUAACAAUCAAGAAUAUAUUCACUAAAUAAAAUAGCAACUACAAGCUUUCUUCAUGUUAGACAACCACCAUGAUCUUUUCAAAGGUCCAAUUACAAUAUUGUAAGGGUCAGGGAGGACACUAACCUAAGGAACAUAUCUAUUAAGCACUUGUUAACACCUUAUUUUGGGACCCCGUCUAUUAGGGGAGGGGGUGGGGGGGUUAUAGAAGAGUAUAUAUCUCUUUUUAAAAAAGAAAGGAAAAUAUUUUUCAGCACUCAUUAGCCCUAUAUCUGGAAGCUGCUUUCCAUUUUGUAGGGCUAGUUAUCACUGCAGAUUGCAUUGUUUACCAAGAAUACCUAAAAAUGAGUGCAAAUUACUGAAUAUAGUACAUUAUUUAAAAUAUUUGGGAGUAGUAUAAUGUGGAGAAAUGUAAAUUGUAAUAAUGUAAAUGGGGGUUUCACUAUAUAUAUUAUAUCUAUACACACACAGACACAUAUAUCGCACUUCAUAGAAUCAAAGUUGCUCUCUGGAGGAGCUUUGGCUCCUGA